CACAACGUGCCCCUCCCGAAUCUCAUUCCACGACAGCCGCCGCAUGUGUGAUUGAGGCCGAUAACCUCCUUUGUUCAUCCGUUCGCUCAAAGGCGGGAACAGGAGGCUCAAUCGCUCUCAGUCACCACCGCGGAACCCCUGUCUUCGCCCCCCUUGUCUCCUUCUGCUUCCACUUUUACCGCGAUUCUCUAUGUCUGUUGCUGCUGCGGUCAACCCAGAUACCGUCCGGGAGAUGCUGGAAUGGGAGAUCGUGCCGGAGGACUGGUGGAAGACCUCUUUCAGGGCGAUAUCAUGGUCGUUCAAGACAAAGCCAGGAUACCCCCGCCCCCCUCACUAUCACAACCUCCUCGCGCGCGGGCGACGUCGUAGGAUCACGGUCGAUACCCACCCACCCGAGGAGGACGUCGAUCUCAACGAUGGGCUCAGUGGCGUGCGCGCGGCGCAGGAGGCCCUCGAGCGCUACGAGGUGGAGGUCUCCAUACUGUCGCAAGACGACCUCGCGGGGCAUGAUUUACCCGCGCACCGCUGCCUCACCGCUCUAGGCAGGGAGAACUGGGACGAGAAGGUGCGAGAGCUCUUGGGCGGCAUUUUACAGCCGGGCUCGUUGCCGGAGGUCGAAGCGCCCUCCCCCGACGACCCCCUGUGGGACCUCAACCGGCUCGACACCCUUUCUCCCCCUCCCGGCACCCCAAGUACUGCUGCGUUCACCGAUUCGGACAACUCGGUCGAUUCUGAGCCGCUACCUUCGACCCCGAAGCCGAACAAGGCGUCCUAUGCCCGUGUGGUGUCCAGUGAGACUCCUACGUCCCCGACGGUCCUUUCACCUCUUCCCUCGAAGCUGUUGAGCGCAGCGGCCCUAACUUUCAUUCCUUCGACUCCGAAUGGCCCCAGCAUACGCGAGGCCGUCACUCCGCCCCUCACUGCCGCUUCAAAUUCGUCCGGUGACUCACCCUUCUCUUCUCCGACAUACAAUUUCCAUUUCCCCUCGCUCAAGACUGCUUCUCCUGCCGAUCGCCGGGAAUCCCGUUCACUUCCUCCCUCUUUGCAGAAGGACGAAAGCGGAUUUUACGUCGAAGUUGCCGAGGAUGCCCCGAGCGGUGCCACUCAGAGCCUGAACGCCACUCGAAGUACCACGCCUCGUCGCCCCUCCGCUGCAUUCCUUCCCGCAUUUCUCACGGACGGAUCGCCAAGUCCCCGCCCUCGCAACUCCAAGACUCGCGAAAUUGUCGACCGGCUGCGCUCCUCGGGCAGCUCGGGCUCGAAUCGUAAGGCGAAGAAGGCGGAACGUAAUCGCAGGCAACCGUCUGGGUCGACCUCCAAGGACGACGAGUCUAACGCACCUGCUUCGGCGGAUGCCAAGAACGCUUCCCGUGAAACUGUGGCGGAUGCGGACGGAUGGAUCACCGGCGUAGUGAGCGAGGACACCUCACCAUGCCUCAUUGUCACUGACGAUGGCUGGAUCACUCAGGGCAACGCGCGUCCUCAGCAGCAGCCCCAGCAGCAGUCAUCCGAGCGCUCGAAGUCCAAGCAUACGCACGGACAUAAGCGUUCCUCUGGCAGCAUCGCGCAGUCCACUACCUCCACCUCCUCGUUCGCUCCCGGUUCGCACGCGUCCAACCUCGGCGCCUCGCGCACGCCUGCUCGCGGCGCGGUUCCCCUUCCUGCCAUGCCACAACUAUAUCCUGGGGUCUACCCCGCUGUACCAUAUGGCGCGCCAUACGCUGGUGGGAACCCCGCUGCGUUCGCGCAGAUGCAGUACCCCAUGCAGGGCAGGGGCCCGCAGUGGCCGAUGAACUUCCAAGGAGGGAUGUACCCUAUGUACCAACCAUUCGGGGUGAUGCCUUCCGCGCCGUACGGGAUGGUGCCCGUCGCGCCUCCGCUUUCGCAACCGUCCACAUUCUUUGACGGGAAGGGCAAGCAGGGGAGUGCCCUGGUGCAAUAGGAAUCAUAUUAUCACGACGCCUCUCUGUUAUGCUCUUUUCCCCCCUCUUGCGUUUCUUGUCCCAUGUAGUAGUUAGCAGUCUGCAGUAUGUACACCCUUCGCCUCUCGCUACACCUCACCCCCACCUCUCGAUGCUUCGUUCUCGUACCCCGGACCGGUCCCGUUCCCACUCACCCCGCCCACAGCCAUACUUGAGUAUCCACAUCGCAGUUCUGAUUGUUGUUCUCUGUCGUCGUCGAGCCUUGGUAUUAUUGAUAUCGCCUUCGUUCUCUCCGCCUCUCACCCUGUCCCGCC